ACAUCAUCAUCUUACAACUGAUACAAAAGCCAGAGCCAAUUAGUAUAGAAAGAAAGAUAGCUAGAAAGGUGGCAUUUCUUGGGCAACUGACGUAUCUUCCUCAAAGUCAUCAUCUACCUUUUCCAUCUUCUGAACUUCUCUCUCCCUUUCUCUCUCACCUGCAAGUCUGCUUUCAUAUUCUAUCUCUCCCUCCUCCACCUUAAAGUCCCUCUAACUUUCUCUUCCCCCUUUUCUGUAUGUACUCACUCAUCAGUCACUUGGAGGAUAUCAAACACCAAAGUGUUUGAUCAUUAGCUAGCCUCCCAUAUCCUCCACCUUUCUGCCUCCUGCCCUUUCACUUACCUCUCAAACCCCCCAAACAAAACAAUCUUGUGCUUUCUUUCCCUCUUCCUUAUUAUUUUUUAACUACCAUUUUGACAUUCUUUCAUUGAAAGGGUAAGAGUUAGGAAAGGUUAGUUAGCUAAUUCUGUUUAAGUCUCCCUUUCUCUCUAACUGUCUGUAUCUAGCUAGCUCUUCUAAUUAAGCAAAUUAAGAGCAAUAAGCUAGGUAGGGAAGAGAACGUCUGGUGGCCGAUGGCUGCACCGCCAAGUAGCAGCAGGCUCCGCAGCAUGUUGCAGGCGUCAGUCCAAUCUGUCCAAUGGACUUACAGUCUCUUCUGGCAAAUCUGUCCACAACAAGGGAUCUUAGUAUGGUCAGAUGGGUACUACAAUGGAGCCAUCAAGACGAGGAAGACGGUGCAACCCAUGGAAGUCAGUGCAGAAGAGGCCUCUCUUCAGCGGAGCCAGCAGCUUAGAGAACUGUAUGACUCAUUGUCUGCCGGAGAAACUAACCAGCCCCCGGCACGCCGCCCUUGCGCCUCCUUAUCCCCCGAGGACUUAACCGAAUCCGAAUGGUUCUACUUGAUGUGUGUCUCCUUCUCUUUCCCCCCUGGGGUGGGGUUGCCAGGAAAAGCAUAUGCGAGGAGGCAGCAUGUAUGGCUCACCGGUGCAAACGAAGUCGAUAGCAAAACCUUUUCCAGAGCUAUCUUAGCCAAGAGUGCUCGUAUACAGACGGUGGUUUGCAUUCCUCUACUAGACGGCGUCGUCGAACUAGGCACCAUAGAGAGGGUUCCGGAAGACAAUGCCUUGGUCCAACAUGUCAAAACCUUCUUCGUUGACCACAACCACCAUCCUCCUCCAAAACCCGCCCUCUCCGAGCACUCAACCUCCAACCCCGCCACAGGACGAGGAAGAGGAGGAUCAAGAGGAGGACGAGGAGGCAGAGUCAGACUCCGAAGCCGAAACGGGCCGCAACGGUCAGCCCGUUGCUCCCGGUCCAAACCCUCCAGCGGUUUCGGCCCCCGCAGCAGAGCCGAGCGAGCUCAUGCAGCUAGAGAUGUCCGAGGACAUCCGGCUCGGCUCUCCGGACGACGCGUCCAACAAUUUAGACUCGGAUUUCCACUUACUAGCAGUGAGCCAGUCUAGGGUUAACCCAGCCGAUCAACAGCGCCAAGCUGACUCGUAUCGAGCCGAGUCAACUCGCCGGUGGCCGUCCGUACAAGAGCCACUCAGCAGCGGGCUCCAACCGCCACCCCAAGGACCCCUGGCAUUGGAGGAGUUGACACAUGAUGACACUCACUAUUCUGAAACAGUCUCCACCAUACUUCAAAGGCAGGCGACUAGGUGGACGGAUUCCUCGUCCACCGAUCAGGUCGCCUACUCAGCCCAAUCAGCAUUCAUCAAGUGGACGACUCGCGUUGAACAUCACAUGCUGGUGCCAAUUGAGGGCACGUCCCAAUGGCUCCUUAAAUACAUCUUGUUCAGCGUUCCGUUCCUCCACACAAAAUACCGCGACGAGAACUCGCCAAAAUCUCAUGAGGGCGAUGCUUCCACUCGGUUGAGGAAAGGGACCCCACAAGAUGAGCUCAGCGCCAAUCAUGUCAUGGCGGAACGGCGUCGUCGCGAGAAGCUUAAUGAGAGGUUCAUUAUACUAAGGUCGCUAGUGCCCUUUGUGACAAAAAUGGACAAGGCCUCGAUAUUAGGGGACACGAUCGAGUACGUGAAGCAAUUGCGUAAGAAGAUUCAGGAUCUUGAGGCACGUAACGUGCAGAUGGAGGAUGAUCAACGGUCAAGAUCAUCCGGGGAAAUACAUAGGUCAAAUAGUAUGAAAGAGUUGCGGAGCGGGCUCACGGUAGUGGAGCGGACCCGGGUUGGUCCACCCGGGUCGGAUAAAAGGAAGUUAAGGAUUGUAGAGGGAAGUGGUGGUGCGGCCGUUGCCAAGCCUAAAAUGAUGGAGGAGUCACCACCUUCACCACCGCCACCACCACCACAAUCAUCACCGACACCUAUGGUGACGGGUACCUCUCUAGAGGUGUCGAUAAUCGAGAGUGACGGGUUGUUGGAGCUCCAAUGCCCGUAUAGAGAAGGGUUGUUGCUUGAUAUCAUGCAAACUCUAAGAGAGCUAAGAAUUGAGACGACAGUUGUCCAGUCCUCAUUGAAUAAUGGGUUCUUCGUAGCUGAGCUGAGGGCCAAGGUGAAGGAGAAUGUGAAUGGCAAGAAAAUAAGCAUUACGGAAGUGAAGAGGGUAAUAAAUCAAAUAAUUCCCCAAUCUGAUUCCUAGUAUCAUUUUAGUGCGUACGUAAUUAAAGAAUUUUGAGGGGAAAAUCAAAUUAUUUGCAAGUAGCUCUAGCAGCAUCAGUACUGUACAAUAUUUAGAACAUUUUUUUUUUUCUUUCCUUCUAACAAAUGUAAUAUUUCUGUGACAUUCAAGAUAAUCUUAAACAAGAACUCCAAGACCAGUUUAGUUUUGA